GACCUGCUAUAUGUGCUCGAGCUUGUCACAGCAAUAUCGGAUGGAGAUUGGGGUCGAAUUGAGGAUAUUCUGGGCUCCUUAGCAAUGAUAUUCCAUGGUGCAGGCUCGAACAAUUAUUGCAGCGAAAUCCUGCACUUUCUCUUCAACUUGAAAAAGGUUUGGACACCGGAAUUUGCG